AUAUUGUUAUCACUGUCAAUCAUUGAUUAUAUUAAGCUAGGUUUAAUUACAGAUAUAAUUUCUUAUUCAGGGUCCAUUUUAAACCUUCUUGAUGGUGGCCCUAUUGUUUCUUCUGCUUGUAUCACAWAGAGCAGCUGCCACUGCCCAGUGCGCACGCGCAUCAUCCAUGRUGUCCUAUCGUUUUCAUGAUAGUGUUUUCCUAGAAAAGAAGACAGCUGACUUAAAGGCGUGUUUUGAGUGGUGCAGAAAGACGCCUGGAUGUAUCAGUGCGAAUUAUAAGUUAAUUGUUGGCAUUUGUGAGUUGAACAGUAAAAACCACUUUKAGCAUCCCAGGAAACUGGAGGAGAGGACUGGGUACGUGUACCUACCUCUAAUCCAGGAAAUUAAGCCUCAACAAUAUGUGUCAUGUGCACAAUUAAAAGACAUGAAGCCAUCCACGCCUAGUGGGGUUUAUGAACUUCAAGUGAAUGAUUUCAAGAAGGCCGUGUAUUGUGAUAUGGACAAGUUUGGUGAGUAUUAA